UUCCCUCACAGAAUGCCCACCUCGGCCUGGGCUACGGCUUUCAAGCAUUCAAUGCCCCUGGCUGUGUCUGUGUGCACGAAUUCAUUCUUGGAUUCACUAGUCUUCCAUUGCGGCGAUCCUUCAUUAACCUAACUCUGGAAAUUGCUCUCAGGAGAGUUGGUCAGGGACGCUGGUAUCACCAUGAUCAAGCUAUUCAGUGUGAAGCAAAAGCAAAAAGAAGAUAAUGCGAAAGGACGGCCCGUCAAAAAGCAAAGUGCUGGCGAAUUGAGGGUCCAGAAAGAUAUAAGUGAGUUGAACCUGGCCAAGACAACCACCAUAAGUUUUCCAGAUGGACAGGAUAACCUUCUCAGCUUGGAGAUUACCAUUCGACCGGACGAGGGCCACUAUCAAGGAGGUAUCUUUACUUUCAGUUUUCAAAUAUCGCAGGUGUAUCCUCACGAAGCACCUAAAGUGAAAUGCAAGACGAAGGUUUAUCAUCCGAAUAUAGAUAUGGAGGGGAACGUUUGUUUGAAUAUUCUCCGUGAGGAUUGGAAGCCAGUACUGAGCAUAAACUCUAUCAUAUAUGGUCUCCAGUAUCUAUUUUUGGAUCCCAACCCAGAUGAUCCACUUAACCAUGAGGCUGCAGAAGUGCUACGGGACAACCCUCGACAGUUCGAACAAUAUGUGCGGAGAUCGAUGGCUGGUGGUUAUGUUGGCGGCCAUCAUUUCCCUAGAUGCAUUGGCUGAACCUUAUUGUUGCAUUUUGCUUAGUUAAUUUUUGCAGGUUUAUGUCUCAUCUAUAGGGGCGCAUUGUCCUCAUCAAACAUUGUAGAAUGGUGUUGCAGUGAACACGAAAUGUCAUUCUCUUGGGAUCUAAGCAGUUAGGAUCCUGAAUACUACAUUUUAGUGUAAGACUGUCUACUUGUGAGUCCACACGUCAAUAUGAACUGAAACUUUUUUGUCAUCG